ACCGCUCACCAAUUAACAUAUUGUUCAGAGUUGCAUGGGUGAAUCCAAGAGAGUCGUUCAAGUUCUUUUUCUUUGCUUCCUUAUAAUAGCAACAAUUAGCAUAAUUCCCUGCUAUGGAAACCUUGAGGUGGUUUGUUUGGAGAGCGAGAAACGAGCUCUUUUAAGCUUCAAGCAAGGUUUAAAAGAUCCUUCAAACCGACUUUCCUCAUGGGAUUUGGAAGAUGAUUGUUGCAAAUGGGCAGGAGUUGUUUGCAACAACUUAACUGGCCAUGUCCACGAGCUCCACCUUCAAAAUACCUAUGGUUACACAACUCAGGCUGAAUUCAAAGUUUAUAUGAAAUCGAAGUUGAGUGGUGAAGUGAAUCCUUCUUUGCUUGAUUUGAAGCAUUUGAAUUACUUGGAUCUAAGUGGAAAUGAUUUUGGAGGGAUUCCAAUUCCAAGCUUUCUUGGAUCUCAAGUAUGUCUCCAGUAUCUUAAUUUAUCUGAAUCAGGAUUUGCAGGAAUUGUUCCUCAUCAACUUGGAAAUCUCUCUAGUUUACGCUCUCUAAGUCUAAAAGGUCCUUCUCCAUAUGAUGAGUUGGUGUUGGAGGUUGAGAAUCUUCAAUGGCUUUCUGGUCUUUCGACAUUGGAACACCUCGACCUUAGUCAAGUGAAUCUCAACAAGACACCUAACUGGCUGCACGAAAUUAACAUGCUUCCUUCUUUGGUAGAUUUAGGCUUGUCCUAUUGUGGGCUUCAGCGCAUUGCUCCUCUACCGUAUGUUAAUUUUACUUCUUUGGUUGUCCUAGAUCUCUCUGAAAAUGAGUUUAACUCCUUGAUACCUAGGUGGAUCUUUAGUCUUAGUAAUCUCGUUUCUCUUGAUUUAGGUUUUAGCUAUUUUGAAGGUCCAAUUCCUAGUGGUCUCCAAAACAUGACCGAACUUAGAAAUCUUGAUCUCUCUCUGAAUUAUUUCAAUUCUAGCAUACCCAACUGGUUGUACAAUCUUAGCCAUCUGGAGUUGCUCGACCUUAAUACAAAUCAGUUGGAAGGUAUGAUCUCAAGUUCUAUUGAAAAUCUGACUUCUAUUGUUACUCUUGAUCUAUCAUCCAAUGAACUGGAAGGAAGAGUAACAAGAGUGGUGGGAAAAACCUGCAACUUGGAAAACCUUGAUUUGUCACAAAACAAAUUUUGGGGAGAUAUGUCAGAGUUGUUUGAAAGUUUGACUAAAUGCAAAAGUCUAAAAAUGCUUUAUCUUGGGCAAAAUUCAUUUUCUGGUCCUAUUCCAAAGAGUAUAGGAAGAUGUCUAUCCUUGGAAGACCUGGAUUUAGGAAUGAAUCAAUUGAAUGGUACUCUUCCUAAAAGUCUAGGACACCUUUCAAAGUUGAAAAGUUUGUAUAUCGAUCAUAAUUUGUUAGAAGGAGUUGUGUCUGAAGUUCACUUCAUCAAUCUCUCGAGUCUGAAGGAAUUUGGUGCAUCUAGAAACCAGUUAGAUUUAAAAGUUAGUUCUGAAUGGAUUCCUCCAUUCCAUCUUCAUAGAAUAGAACUUGGCUCUUGGAAUUUGGGUCGUCAAUUUCCUGCAUGGCUCCAUUCACAAAAGGGCUUUGUGGACCUAGAUCUAUCAUGUACUGGAAUUUUAGAUAACAUUCCUAGUUGGUUUUGGAAUUUAUCUCCCCAUUUUAAUUAUUUAAACCUUUCUCACAACCAGAUCCAAGGGAAAAUUCCUGAUAUUUUAAAAGUUAGUAGUGAGUUUUCAAUGAUUUACUUAAGUUCCAACCGCUUCAGUGGUCCAUUACCUCGUGUCUCCUCAAUGGUAACUGAGCUAGACCUUUCCAACAAUUCAUUUUUUGGAAAUAUUUUCCAUUUCUUGUGUGAUAGGAAAGACGAACCAAAUAAACUAAAUAUCCUUCAUCUUGGUGGAAAUUUUUUAUCAGGAGAAAUUCCUGACUGUUGGAUGAACUGGUCAGCAUUGAAAGUCAUUGAACUAGGAAACAACCAUCUAAGUGGAAAAAUUCCAAACUCCUUGGGAUAUUUAAGACAAUUGCAAUCCUUGCACUUGCGGAACAAUAGUCUCUCUGGAGAAGUUCGUUUGAGUCUAGAGAAUUGCACAGAGCUGAUAACAAUUGAUCUUGGCUGGAAUCAGUUUGUUGGAAGAAUACCAAUAUGGUUGGGAAGGAGCCUUUCAAAAUUGAUGAUUCUCGGUCUUCGUUCAAAUAAUUUCUAUGGAAAAAUUCCUUCUGAAUUGUGCUACUUGACUUCUCUUCAAAUCUUGGACCUUGCAAAUAACAGUUUCUCAGGAUCAAUACCACACUGUUUCAAAAAUUUCACAGCCUUGACCGUGAAACAGAAUUCAAGCGUUCGUAUUUCUUAUUCAAUUUACUCGGGAGUGUUCUUUGAAAAUGCAUUUGUAAUGACCAAAGGUCAAGAGUUCCAAUACAACACCAUACUAACACUUGUAACUAGCAUGGACUUAUCAGACAAUAAUAUGUCCGGAGAGAUACCUGAGGAAUUAACUAGUCUAUUGGGAUUACGAUCAUUGAAUUUGUCAGGAAAUCAUUUAACUGGAGUGAUUCCAAAUAGGAUUGGUGGCAUGGUGUUAUUGGAAUCUCUUGACUUGUCAAAAAACCAACUUUUCGGUGAAAUCCCAACAAGUAUGUUGAAUUUGACUUUCUUGAGUUAUUUGAACUUGUCUUAUAACAAAUUGUCAGGGAGAAUUCCAUCUGGCACCCUAGCUUUAUCGGCAACAAACUUUGUGGACCUCCACUCACAAGCAAUUGUACCACCGAUGGUGGCACACCUGAGAUUGGAAAAAGAGAUGAAGAAGGCACUAAAUCUGAAGUGGAUUGGUUCUACUUGGUUGUGGGAUUGGGGUUUGUGGUGGGUUUUUGGGGUAUUUUUGGUCCUUUGUUGUUCAACAAGACAUGGAGAUUUGCCUAUUUUCAAUUUUUAGAUGAGAUGUGGAACAAGAUUUGUAAUUGUAUUAGCAAAUGCUAAAUUUUAAAAGCUGGGAAAUGCUGUGUUGUAUACCUUCUUGUGCAAUAAAGGA